CACAGAAAUAGGAAGAACACACGCACAGCGUGGGCCUGCUUGUUAAAUGAAGGUCCCAGAUGAUCAGCUGCCGGUACAUAUCAGGUCUCCCUGCUAGCAGCUAGCCGGUAAAAUGUGGAGCAGAUCUCAGUUUAUAAAAAAAAUGUUAAUAAUUUAAAGUUUAAACAUAUUAGUCAGUAAUAAUGCUGCCGGUUUCAGCGGUCUGUGGAGGAAUAUACAGAGCUGCGAUCCGCACACUUAGGACAAGAAACCCCCCUCUGUGUCGUCGUCUGUCCUCUGGAGAUGGAGUUCUGGCCGGACUCGCGGAUGCUGACACCAUCUUCGCUUUGUCAUCGGGUCACGGUCGAUGUGGGGUGGCUGUUGUCCGCAUCAGUGGUCCUGCUGCCACUACAGCAUUAAGAUGUAUGGUUGGGCUCAGAAAGCACCUGCCUCCUCCACGAACCGCCCUGUUGCGUAGCAUCACGGACCCUCACUCUAAAGAAGUGCUGGACCGUGGACUGGUCCUCUGGUUCCCAGCUCCUCAUAGCUUCACCGGAGAAGACAGUGUGGAGUUCCACAUCCAUGGGGGUCCUGCUGUCAUUACUGCUGUCUUACAAGCUCUAGGAAGCGUGCCUGGCAUGAGGCCUGCUGAAGCUGGAGAGUUCACGCGGAGGGCUUUCCAUGCAGGGAAGCUUGAUUUGACCGAGGUGGAAGGUCUCGGGGAUUUGAUCCAUGCAGAGACUGAGGCUCAGCGGAGACAAGCUCUGAGACAGAUGUCAGGAGACCUGGGACGCCUCUAUCAGGACUGGAGCCACAGGCUGAAACGGUGUUUAGCGCACGUUGAAGCCUUUAUAGACUUCAGCGAAGACGAGCUCAUCGAGGACGGAGUCUUGGACCGAGUGGACAUCUCAGUGUGUGAUCUACAAGCAGAGAUCAAUCAGCAUCUGAAGGACGAGAGGCGCGGCGAGCGACUUCGCAGCGGAGUCCAUGUGGUGAUCGCUGGUGCAACCAACGCAGGGAAAAGCAGCCUUCUAAACACACUCUGCCAGAGACCUGCAGCUAUUGUUUCUCCCAUUGCCGGGACCACCAGAGACGUAGUGGAGACGGCCCUGGACAUCGGGGGCUUCCCUGUCCUGCUAAGCGACACGGCGGGUCUCAGAGACAGCCCAGACCUGGUGGAGCAGGAGGGGGUUCGUCGGGCUCGAGAGAGGGUGCAGCAGGCCGAUCUGACUCUGGUGGUGGUCGACUCCACCAUCCUCCCCUCUGAGGUGCAGCGAGCUGCCGCCGUCCUGCUGAAGCACCUGGAGAGUGUCCUGACCUCUCAGGAGCAGCCUGAAGCAGGCAGGUGUCUCCUGGUGCUAAAUAAGACUGAUCUGCUCCCCGAGGCUCAGAGAGAGCAGCUAAGUCUGGGGCUGAGAGGGACAUCUGGACUCCCUCCUGUGUGCCUGAUCUCCUGUCAAACCAGUGAAGGACUGAAGGACUUCCUCACUGUGCUGCAAAGCACCGUUCAAACAAUGUGUGCCGACCCCCUCUCUGGAGCGCCCACCCUGACCCAGGCCCGUCACAGGGCCCACCUGCAGCAGUGCGCGGCCGCCCUCGCUCAGUAUUGGCGAUACCGCGACUCUGACCUCGCCCUGGCAGCUGAGGGCGUCCGCUUAGCGCUCACCGGCCUGGGAAGGAUCACCGGACGGGUCGGAGCAGAGGAGAUCCUGGAUAUCAUCUUCAAAGACUUCUGCAUUGGAAAAUAGAGAAGCGAGAGUGAAAAAAAAAUAAAAAAUAAUAAUGAAGCGCAGGUAAUCAUUGCCCGCUCAGAGAGGAAGGCCGUGUUUCCACAGGACCUGUUAAGUAACUGGAACAGAGCGGGCACUGUGCCAUGCUUCAAGGCACACUCAGGGUCCAAAUAGUCCACUCUCUGUUCUUGGCUGCAGACGACCUCCGUUCCCAGGACAAAAAUAUAUUUUUUUUCAUCCAACUGAAAUAGUUUAGGGAUGUUGGCAAUGCCUCAGGGGCCCAAUAGACUGAACAAGUGUCUGGCACGGACUCAGUCAUCAUCUAAAGUAGUUUUCCAAGGCCAAGUGUGACUGCAGCACAACAGCUUUAGAGCUCUGAGAAGAAAAUCAGCUGUGACCUCUCCAAGGUCCACCGACUGAGUGGAUGUUUAUCACUGAAUUGAUUUUAUUAUUAUUAUUUUUUUGUUUUAUUGUUUUUCUAAAUGUUUUAAACAUGCGUUGCUUGUCUAAGGCUUGACAACUUCAGAGGAAACUCUCCAUGUUCGAAAUAAAUGCAGUGAUCUAAAAAAUAUCUUUUCACCCAAACAG